AUGAGCGAAAAUGAUAUUAAGCGAAGUCCACGUUACUACAACGAAGAAGCUACAAAAGACUCUACAGACCAAACUAGGUCGGGAAAAUCGGUCAGCGCGGUGCAGUGUGCGGUAUAUUUCCAUCGGAUUUUAGACAUUAUAAUGUUCUCAUCCCUUUUGGACGUAGCUCGGAACUCACCAUUCCGUGGGCCCCUCACUCCUGCACAAUGUGAACCAUCUUCACUUGCUGCACCACAAGCCGCACAGAGUGGUAUGGCGGCGGCGGCGGUGGUGCAAGGCGACUCCUGCGAGUUCGCCUCGCCCAAAUACUUUGCGCUCUGCGGACUUGGAGGCAUCCUAUCUUGUGGUAUAACUCAUACGGCGGUGGUGCCCCUCGAUCUGGUGAAAUGUAGACUGCAAGUGGACGCCGCUAAGUACAAGAAUGUGCUGACCGGUUUUAAAGUGUCCGUGCAGGAGGAGGGUAUGCGCGGUCUCGCCAAAGGCUGGGCGCCAACCUUCAUCGGUUACUCACUACAGGGUCUGUGCAAAUUCGGCUUGUACGAGGUGUUCAAAGUGACGUACUCCGGCAUGUUGGAUGAAGAGACUGCAUAUACGUACCGUACUUUCGUGUACCUCGCCGCUUCCGCAUCCGCCGAGUUCUUCGCCGAUAUCGCUCUGUCGCCUUUAGAAGCCGCCAAGGUCCGAAUCCAGACGAUGCCGGGCUUUGCUACAACAUUACGCGAGGCGUGGCCCAAGAUGGUGCAGAAUGAGGGCUACGGUACUUUCUACAAAGGCCUUGUCCCGCUGUGGGGUAGACAGAUCCCGUACACUAUGAUGAAGUUCGCCUGCUUCGAGAAGACCGUGGAGCUGUUGUACAAGUACGUGGUGCCGAAGCCGCGCGAGCAGUGCUCCAAGGGCGAGCAGCUGGUGGUGACGUUCGCGGCGGGCUACAUCGCCGGCGUGUUCUGUGCGAUCGUGUCGCACCCCGCGGACACUGUCGUCUCCAAACUCAACCAGGACAAGACCGCGACAGUGGGUUCUAUAGUGGGUAAACUCGGAUGGGCUGGAGUAUGGAAGGGUCUUGGACCUAGGAUCAUCAUGAUCGGUACUCUAACCGCACUGCAGUGGUUCAUCUAUGAUGCUGUCAAGGUAUGGCUGAGGAUGCCGCGGCCGCCGCCAGCUGAGAUGCCAGAAUCUAUGCGCAAGCGGCUUGAAGCCGAACAAGCGGCUAAGUGA